AUGGCAGCCCCAGAAGGCGGUCAAACCUACUGCCUACGAUGGAACAACCACAGGACAAACUUGGCCCAGAUUCUACAAUCACUGGGAUACUCAGAUUCAGAAGAAGACCUUUCUAACAAUUCUGCAAAUGGUUCGUCGAUUGUAGAUUGCAUUUUACGAGUAGAUGGCGGAUAUGAAUUCCGUGCUCACAGAGUCGUUUUGGCAGCCAGUUCGCCAUAUUUGCGUGCGGCCUUAAGUGGGUCGUCGAUCUCGGUUGGCGAUAGCUGUCCAGUAGUCCUGGUCGUACCAGGAGUGGCCAGAGAGGAAAUGAGAGUGUUGCUGGAAUAUAUGUAUACUGGAGAAGUCAGGGUUGCUAGAGCUGAUAUUGCUAGAGUUAUGCGCAUCGCUGAACAAUUGGAGGUUAAGGGUCUAUUUGACAUGCGAGAUUCUCGUCUUCGAUUCGAUGGAACUCCGGGCGCAGAAACGGAACGCGCACCAUCUCCUGAUAUAACCACAACAACUACUGCAUCUGGUGACGAACAUCAGAACAAUAAAACUACUUCUGUUAGAUUACAUGAAGAUGGCAACCGGGACAACCAUCGUGAAAUGGAAGAAGAUAACGAAAGUCGUCGCACGCCCAAUAAUGCAUCUGAAAGACAUCUGCCAAAUGAAGCUGGUUGCGUCAGUCCUUAUGGCGCGGCCUAUCCGAGAUCACCAACUGAGUCCUCAGCUCCAUUAUCAUCUGCAUGGCCUGGUGCCAAUUUGUCUCUUGCUGGAUCCCCAUAUGGAGCAGCGAGGGCUCUGAGCGCUGCUUAUGGUGCCUGUGCCGAUAUGAAUCCUUUGAAACGCAAAAAACUACACAGUAUGCUUACUUCUUCAAAUUCUAAAGAUGGAGUUUUACAAGAUCGAUACAGAAGACAACAGGAACAGCAAUUACAGGAUACUCCAAUUCUUCGAAAUGUUUUAGCCCAACACGCACCUGAUUCAUCUCAACAAACUAAUCCAGUGGCAUUGUGCAGAUCUAGAGACAUGCGUACAGCAAGUGAUGGUUCAACGGACGCAGAUAGGCCUAUGCGCGGAGACGAAUCUCCAUACACGGACAAAUCCUACGAUGAUGAUUUUCGCAGCAGCCAACUCGAUAACAACUCCAACAGCCAUCAUCAUAAUUCAUUGAAUAAUCACAUAUCUAAUCACAGCAACGGAGCAGGUUCUCACAACAAUAGUUCAACAUCACCACUUUUAUAUUCGAAUCAUGCCGCUGCUGCAGCAGCUAUGUUGUCUGUUGGCGGUUAUGGAAAUCACAAAACUAAUGGAGGAAUUGUUAAUAAUAAUUUGGUGCCAUAUGCAGGUCAACCUCAACAACCCUCAAGAGAGAGGGAGAAUAAUAACCAUGGGCCUCAAGGGUCACCACCCGGAUCUGCUCCAGGACAGAAACCUGAAUGGAAGCGUUAUAAGCAAUAUUCAAGAAAUGACAUCAUGUGCGCAAUUGAGUGUGUUCGGAAUGGUAUGAGUGCCUUGCAAGCAUCGAGGAAAUUCAAUGUUCCAUCAAGAACGUUGUAUGAUAAGGUCAAGAAAAUGGGCAUCACAACUAGUCGACCAAUGAAUCGUUCCUUCAAAAGAGGGAAUUCUUUAAGUCCUGCCACCAUUCCUUACAACAUCAGCGGGUCAAGUUCAGGCUAUGCUGGAGCAUAUGACGGCGAAGAACAACCACCACCACAUCCUGCAGCAGCGCUUCUUGAUGUAAAAUUUUUGCAGCAAGCUUUGGAAGGUCGCGGUGGUGCUGAAUUAGCUGGCAGAGAGGCUUUGCAUGCUAUGGCUAUAGCUGCUGCAGCACACGCAGCAGUUAGUGGACUUUCUGCUAGUCCAGGAAAUCAUGGAAAUGCUCGCUCCCCCAGCCCUGGUAUGAAAUUUUCUCACCGCAUGAACAACCAUGAAGAUGCAGAAACUGCUAAUCAUUUAAACCAUCGAUUGACGAAUCACAUUAGUCAUUUGAAUACCCAACAGCAUAUGCUUAAAUCUGAACCAAUGGAUAAUGAAAUGGAAGAAGAAGAUAAUGAAGUUGAAGAUUUAUCUAUGUCAAGAAAACAACAACCAUCAAUUGAACCAAUUAUUGAUCAGCAAACAACUUUUCAACCCGUCCAGUCUCCGCCUUUGCAACAAACAGGUGUUAUAGUCCAGCCAUUGCCUAAAACUGCAAACGGUGAAGAGGCUAUGGAGCGCGGGUAAGAAGAGUUUAUUAGUAUUUUGAAUAAACAGAUAAAUUGUAUUACUAAAUUAUAUUAUCCUAUAUCUAUGUUUUAUAAAAAUUUAGAAAUAUAAUUUCGUCAUAAGUCUGGCUAAAACUAUU